AUGGAUUAUUUUAGUGAAGAUGUGAUGAGUUCUAGCGAGUUGCUUCAAGCUCACUCUCUUUUGUGGAGUAACUCAGUACAUAUUGUUAGGAAUUUGUCAUUGAAGUGCGUCAUUGAACUAGGAAUACCAGAUAUCAUCCAUAAACAUGGCCAACCCAUUACUCUUUCCAAACUCAUCUCUGCACUUCCUAUCCAUCCUUCAAAAGCUCAUUGCAUUUAUCGCAUUAUGCGCAUUCUUGUUCACUCCGGUUUCUUUUCAGCCCUAAAAGUUAACGGAGAAGAAGAAGAAUCACUCUCUCUCACAAACGUUUCCCGGCUUCUCUUAAGCGACGGGCCAGCUUCCAUCAAAAUGACAUCAUUUUUUCUUUUUCACCUUCUUCCCGAAGUGGCGGCUCCGUGGUACUCCUUGAGCACUUGGUUACAGCACAGUGAUGGCACAACAUUCGAGCACGGAAAUGGGAAGAACUUUUGGGAUUGUCUCGCUGAUGAGCCAAAACAUAUUCAUCUCUUUAACGAGGCAAUGGCUAAUGACUCCCAGCUAAUUGCCAAGGUCAUUCUAACUGAAUAUAAGAAUGUGUUCGAGGGUUUGGAGACUUUGGUCGAUGUUGGAGGAGGAAACAUGUUCACUGAUACUAUACCUCCUACGGAUGGAAUUUUGCUCAAGUGGAUACUGCAUGAUUGGAAUGAUGAAGAUAGUGUGAGCAUUCUGAAGAGAUGUAGAGAAGCAAUUUUGAGAAAUGGUAAAGGAGGAAAAGUUAUAGUUAUUGAAAUGGUGAUUGAGAACCAGAAUACGAAUGAAAUAACUGGAAUACAAUUGUCCUAUGACGUGAUGAUGAUGGGCAGCUUCUUCGGCAAAGAGCGUAACUUAGUGGAAUGGGAGAAGCUCUUCUUCGAGGCUGGAUUCAGUCACUAUAAAAUCAAUGCAAAAAUGGGAGCAAGGUCUCUCAUUGAGCUUUACCCUUGA